AUGGCUCCUUCUGCGCAACCAGUUCCUACAAGUGUUUCGGAUGAGAAAUACGCAAAUGUGAAGUGGGAAGAGUUAGGGUUCGGGUUUGUUCGUACGGACAAUAUGUAUGUUGCCAAGUGCAAACAUGGAGAGAGUUUCCAAGAGGGAACUGUUGUUCCUUAUGCUGAUUUCCAAAUCAGCCCUUGCUCUGCAGUUCUUAAUUAUGGCCAGGGUUUAUAUGAAGGGCUGAAGGCUUACAGGACAGAAGAUGGCCGGAUAAUGAUAUUCCGACCAGACCAAAACGGUCUCCGCCUUCAAGCCGGAGCCAAGAGACUUUGUAUGCCGUAUCCAUCGGUCGAUCAAUUUGUCUCCGCCGUCAAACAAGUUGUUCUUGCCAACAAGAAAUGGAUUCCUCCUCCGGGGAAAGGAACAUUGUAUAUCAGACCUAUUUUGUUCGGAAGUGGUCCUAUACUUGGCUCACUUCCGGUCCCUGAGUACACCUUCUCAGUAUUUGCUUGUCCCGUUGGACGUUUUCACAAGGAUAACUCUGGCUUGAACCUGAAAAUUGAAGAUAAGUUUCGCCGCGCUUUUCCUAGUGGAACCGGUGGUGUGAAGAGUAUCACAAACUAUUCUCCUGUUUGGAUAACAUUGGCAGAGGCGAAAGCUCAGGGUUUCUCUGAUGUUUUGUUUUUGGAUGCUGCAACUGGCAAAAACGUCGAAGAGCUUUUCGCUUCCAACAUUUUCAUAGUCAAGGGAAAUGUUGUGUCGACUCCAGAAAUUUCAGGAACUAUUUUGCCCGGAGUCACACGAAAAAGUAUCAUUGAAUUAACUCGUGAUUUCGGCUACAAGGUUGAGGAACGUGUUGUUCCCCUUGAGGAUCUUCUCGACUCGGAAGAAGUUUUCUGCACUGGCACUGCUGCGAUUGUGACAACUAUUGCGUCCGUAACCUUCAAAGACAAAAAGACCGGAUUCAAAACAGGAGAAAAAACAUUGGCCGCGAAGCUCUUUGCGACGUUAAUGGAUAUCCAGAUGGGUCGGGUCGAGGAUAAGAAGGGAUGGACGGUGGAGGUUGACCGGUGCCACCAGGGUUGA